CAGCCAGCCGCGGGGAAAGAAAGUCCAACCUCCCCUGGCUUUCGUCCGUCCCAGCGAGGUUGACCCAAGCUGGGCACCGAUAGGGCGGCUCCCGGGCUUCGAGAGACAGACAGAGAUGCAGCUGCUCCUUCUCCUGUUCCUGCUGCUGAUGGCCUCCACUCCAGGGUCUUGGGCUCGAAAUGUGAGGCGCCAGAGUGACACCUGGGGCGCCUGGGGCGAAUGGAGUCCCUGCAGCCGGACCUGUGGCGGAGGCAUCAGCUUCCGGGAGCGCCCCUGUUACUCCCAGAGGAGAGACGGAGGCACCAGCUGCGUGGGCCCCGCUCGCAGCCACCGCACCUGCCACACGGAGAGCUGCCCAGACGGCGUGCGGGACUUCCGGGCCGAGCAGUGCGCAGAGUUCGACGGCACGGACUUCCAGGGUCGGCGCUACCGGUGGCUGCCCUACUAUGCAGCCCCUAAUAAAUGUGAGCUGAACUGCAUUCCCAAGGGGCAGAACUUCUACUACAAGCACAGGGACGCCGUGGUGGAUGGGACACCCUGUGAUCCUGGCAAGCGGGACGUCUGUGUGGACGGCGUCUGCCGAGUGGUUGGCUGUGAUCACGAGCUGGACUCAACCAAGCAGGAGGACAAGUGUCUGCAGUGUGGGGGCGAUGGCUCAUCCUGCUAUCCAGUCACAGGAACCUUUGAUGCCAAUGAUCUCAGCAGAGGCUACAACCAAAUCUUCAUCAUCCCGGCUGGGGCCACUAGUAUUCGCAUCGAGGAAGCCGCUGCCAGCAGGAAUUUCCUGGCUGUGAAGAGCAUCCGCGGCGAGUACUAUCUCAAUGGGCACUGGACCAUUGAGGCAGCCCAGGCUCUUCCAGUGGCCAGCACUGUCCUACAGUACGAACGGGGUGUGGAGGGGGACCUGGCUCCUGAGCGGCUCCAGGCACGGGGUCCCACCUCAGAGCCCCUGGUCAUCGAGCUCAUCAGCCAAGAGUCCAACCCUGGAGUACGCUACGAGUACUACUUGCCCAUGAAUGACCCCGGCCGGGGCUUCAGCUGGAGCCAUGGUUCCUGGGGUGACUGCAGCGCUGAGUGCGGUGGAGGUCGCCAGUCCCGCCUGGUAUUCUGCACCAUUGACAAUGAGGCCUAUCCAGACCACAUGUGCCAACACCAGCCUCGGCCAGCCCACCGACGUUCGUGCAACACUCAACCAUGUCCCAAGACCAAGCGGAUCUCUUUCCUGCACCGGCCUGGAGCGUGGCGCUAUGCUGGGGCCCAGCAUAUGUGUGGGAACAGCUGGAAGGUAGGACCAUGGACCCCCUGCUCGGUCUCCUGUGGGGGUGGAUUCCAGUCUCGCUCUGUCUACUGCAUAUCCUCAGAUGGGACAGGUGGCCAGGAAGCUACUGAGGAGAUCCAGUGUGCUGGCCUAGCUGGGAAGCCCCCUACCACACAGACUUGCAACCUGCAGCACUGUGCGGUCUGGAGCGUGGAGCCCUGGGGAGAGUGCUCGGUUACAUGUGGAACUGGGAUCAGGAAGAGAAGUGUCACCUGCCGAGGGGACGAGGAGUCCCUGGUUCAUGCUGCAGCAUGCUCUUUGAAGGACCAGCCAGCCCUCACGGAGCCCUGUGUGCAAGAAGCCUGUCCGGUGUUCCGUGGCCAGGCCUGGCAUGUUGGCUCAUGGAGUCUAUGCUCUAAAAGCUGUGGUUCCGGCACUCGGAGACGGCAGGUCGUUUGUACCAUCGGGCCGCCUGGUCGUUGUGUGGACCUGCAGUCGUCCAAGCCUGCCGAGGUGGAAGCCUGCAACAGACAGCCCUGCCACCUUCCUCAGGAGGUCCCUAGUAUACAGGACUCAAGGGCCCACCCCUCAGACCCCAGGAUGCUUUCAGGCCCUCAAGUGUCUCCAGUCUCAGAUGCUAGAGACCAGCAGUGGGCUCCCCUGGAGAGACCCAGGGCUCAGAGCAACCCCAGAGAAGGUCAGGAUCCCCACCUGUCACCUGCAGGCCGGGCCCCAACUCUUCAGCAUCGUCCACACCAGCCACCCUUGAGGCCUAGCUCAGGGCCCCAUGACUGCAGACACAGCCCCCAUGGGUGCUGUCCUGAUGGCCACACACCAUCUCUUGGGCCUCAGUGGCAAGGUUGUCCCUUGGCUGGGGCCUCGUGUCUUCAGAGCAGGUACGGAUGCUGCCCAGAUGGGGUGUCUGCAGCUGAGGGACCCCAACAGGCUGGUUGUACCAGGUUUCACAGCAGUGACAAUACUGGAAACAGGCCAGGGUCCAGGGCAGUAGCUUCCAAGAACUUGCCCAAGACCCACCAGCCCCAGGCCCAUGAAAGCGAGCCCAGUGAGUGUCGAAGCUCUAGGUUUGGCUGUUGCUAUGACAACGUGGCUUCUGCAGCUGGUCCCCUGGGGGAAGGCUGUGUGGGCCAGCCCAGCUAUGCCUACCCAGUGCAGUGUCUGCUGCCUAGUGCUCAAGGGUCGUGUGGAGACUGGGCCGCCCGUUGGUACUUUGUGGGAUCAGUGGGCCGGUGUAACCGCUUUUGGUAUGGCGGCUGUCACGGAAAUGCCAAUAACUUUGCGUCGGAGCAGGAGUGCAUGAACACCUGCCGGGGCCAUCAUGGGCCCCGCCGUCCUGAGGCAGGAGCCUCUGGACAUCGUGUCCAUGUGGAUGGUGGCCAACGUGGUCCCGGAGGCCAGCAGGAACCUGAUUGGCACAGGACAGGAGCCACAGUCCCGAGACUGCCCUCACCUUCUGGAAGCCCUUGGCGCAGAGAACAUGAGCCUAGGCCAGGAGAGGCGUCCCACAUCCCAGCCCAUGGAAGACGGCCUGGAGGUCAGGAGAUCCGGCCCAGAGUCCCUGGACUGGACAGAGAGGCUAGGCCAGCAGUGCCACCUACACACAGCCCCUCCUACAGGAUCAGCUUGGCAGACCCAGAACCCUCCCUGGUACAGGCAGCUCCAGGCCAGGCGGUACAACUCUUUUGCCCUGGCAACAUCCCCCCAGAAUUCCAUGCAGGGUGGCAGAAAGAGGGCCAGCCCAUCUCCUCUAACAGGUACCAGCUACAGGCAGAUGGCUCCCUCAUCAUCAGCCCCCUGAGGCCAGAGGAUGCUGGUAUCUAUAGCUGUGGCAGCCACAGGCCAGGCCACGAGCCCCAGACGAUACAACUUCGAGUCACAGGGGGUGACAUGGCAGUGUUGUCUGAGGGCCAGCCGAGGCAUUUCCCUGAGACCAGGAAUCCAGACCCUGGCCAUGGUCCUCGGAAUCGUGGAACAGGAGCAGAAGCCGGGGGCCACAGGGGUCUCUCUUCCCCACACCCUAGGCCUGCCACCAGGUUACGUCUGGACCGGACUCAGCCUGGAGUGGUAGAUGCCAGUCCUGGCCAGCGGGUCCGGUUGACCUGCCGUGCGGAAGGCUUCCCGGUCCCCACCAUCGAGUGGCAAAGAGAUGGGCAGCUGGUCUCUUCUCCCAGGCACCAGGUACAGCCUGAUGGCUCUCUGGUCAUCAGCAGAGUGGCUGUGGAAGAUGGUGGCUUCUACACCUGUGUUGCUUUUAAUGGACAGGACCGAGACCAGCGCUGGGUCCAGCUCAGAGUUCUGAGGGAGCUGACAAUCUCAGGACUGCCUCCUGCUGUGACGGUGGCAGAGGGUGACACUGCCAGGCUUCUGUGUGUGGUGGCUGGAGAAAGUGUGAACAUCAGGUGGUCCAGGAAUGGACUGCCAAUACAGGCUGAUGGGCACCGUGUGCACCAGUCCCCAGAUGGCACACUGUUGAUCCACAACUUGCGGCCCAGGGACGAGGGCUCUUAUACAUGCAGUGCCUUCCGUGGGAGCCAGGCUGUGAGCCGCAGCACAGAGGUGAAAGUGGCCCGCCCAGCACCAGCCGCACAGUCCAGGGACCUAGGCAAGGACUGCAUCGACCAGCCGGAGCUGGCCAACUGUGCGUUGAUCCUGCAGGCCCAGCUCUGUGGCAAUGAAUAUUACUCCAGCUUCUGCUGUGCCAGCUGCUCCCGCUUCCAGCCGAAUGCCCAGCCUGUCUGGCAGCAGGGAUGAAGGCUGGCUAUGGCGCCAGUUCUGGAUAGUUUGCUGGGGAGAAGGGAUGGUAAGACAUGGCUUGCAGAGGGCGUCAUCUUUCAGAUACUGCCCCUCUCAGAAAUCCAGGGUUGAGCCCCAGCAGCUGCCAGUGCAAGCCUCCCUUGUAGUGCUCAGCAGGGCCGGGCCACUGUGGAGAGGAGCCCUUUAUACCUCUAGUUUUCUGCUGCAUCGAGGACCUUUUAUCUGAAAUGCUUUGGACCAGAGUGUUCUAAACUUUUAAGUAUUUGUAGACUUUACUAAUUGAGCAUCCCUAGCCUAAAAUUCUGAAAUGCUCCGAAGCUUCAAACAAUCAAAUGCCAUGUCAGCCUUCAAAACUGUCUGGGUUUCAAAGCAUGUUUGAUUUUGGGUGAGGGAUGCUCAAUUUGUACAGAGGAUCCACUCAGCACACUGCAGAGCCAGCCAGCUGGAUGGGGUGCCUGUGAGGGUAGGGGAGUGAUGGUAGGUACUUCUCAACUAGAGAAGUAUUCCUGCUAGAAUCCAGCGUCUGUGGGUCAGAGGUUGAGCAGUCAUUCAGGCUUUUGCAUCUUCCUAGGCAGUGGCACAGCUGCCUUCAACACCACCACUGUGUGAAGCCCACAGUAUAAUGCUCGGGAAAGCACUCAGCCAGGUGGAGGCCAUAAGGCCUUGAUGCAGGGAUGUGGGAUCGAAAAACCAGAUAGCCUGAUAAUCUGUGUGUGAAAAAAUAACUGGGAAAGAACUCCACUGCAGGGGCAUGACCUCCUGGGGCUCCCAUGAGGCAGGCUGGAGAGGUUCACUCCCCUACACAGCUCACUGGCCUGCUCUGAGGAGCAGAGAGUCAUGCUUCCUUAAGUAGGAAUCUGUGGAGCUUAUUUGUUGCUAGAGAAAAAUCAGACUAUGGUGCACACAGCAGCUGGGAGCUGGUGAGAUGGCUCAGCGGUAAAGGCACUCAGUGUCAAGCCUGAUGGCUGGAGUGUGCUCUCUGGAUCCUCCCUGGUGGAAGGCAGAACUGACUCAGGCCAGCUGUCCUGACUGCCAUACGCAUGUGCACCUGAACACACAGAAGCAUAGCUGUAAAGUUUAUACAACAGCUAGGAAUGGUGCUGCAUGCCGACAAUCCCAGUGCUUGAGAGGCUGAAGCAGGACUGCCACAGUGUGAGCCAGCCUGGAUCAGAAUGAGACCCUGCCCCAAAGUAAACAACCCAUAGAACCCAGCAUUAGCAGGAUGAAGGUGCAAUGUGACAAUCAGUAGUCGGAGCUGCAGGAAGGCAUCCUUCAUCUUUCAGAAUCUCUGAUUUCUUAAUGCUCUAGGAAGAGGCCUGGACUUAAUGAGAGCGUCCUGGGCUCUUCCCACUUUAACUUCUCCAACUCCUCUGGGAGACCGUCUAGUAACACAGGUUACUAUGGGACCAAAGUUCUGACAUUGGCUGGAAUGCAAAGCUUCAUGUGUGAGUGGUGUCUCAGGACGUUUUGCUCAAAAAGAGAGCUGAGGAAUAUCUGUGUGCCAGACAUUUCUGUUUGCAGGUGGGAGUGAGGGCUAAACUGGGAGGUGAGGGAUGAACUGUUCUAGGUCAGGGUGCUGAACCUCAUUCUACACAGAGCACACAAGGACUUCCUCAGUCUAAAGCACAGUUUGGUAACCUCCCCUCUCCCCACUGGCAUUCUGAUUUAAUUGGCCUUGUGAAUAGGCUGGAUAGUAUAGAUGAUGUGUAAACAUGCCUGUGUGUGCACUGGGGGAUCUCAUGCGUGCUUAGAACAUGUUCCACUGAGCUACACCUUGGGUAAUUCCAAUAUAUAGCUAAGACUGAGAAGCAGUGUUGUCAGGCAUGGUGGUACAUGCAUACCUUUGAUACCAGCAUUUGAGAAAAAGGUAGGUAGAUCUCUGAGCUCAAGGCCAGCCAGGGCUACACAGUGAGACCCUUCUGUACACUUCCAGCUCCAUUCUACCCCUGGGCUGGGGCUCAGUCUCUGGCUUCUUGGUGUAGUCCAUACUACUGCUGCACAUCAACUUCUGAGCAUCGAGAUACCAGUCACACCCCUGAAACUUAAGAAUAUACUAAUCUCCCCAAAAGAUCUUAUAGUCACAAGCUAGAAAUGAGCAGUAAAAAAGAAAAACAGAACUAUAAACUCAUUUGCAAAUAAGAACAGCCCUUCAUGGGCAAAAGCUCUACCACGAACAUUUAUUUUUGUUAAAGCAGAUUAUAAAUUCUCAUCAGUACAAAUAUAUAUAUAUAUAUGUAUAUAUAACUUACAUUUGAUUGUAAGGCCAACGUUUAAAAGUAAAAAUGAGAUGGGAUCUCACGUUGUUACCCACGGUCAAGUAGCUGCAACUGGCAUGGGAUGUUCUAUUCAUGGGGGCAGAAGGGGACACAGACACACACAGCACAUAAACCAGAAUCUCAUCCCUGUAAAACUUAUGGGAAUAAAACCUCAAGGACAGAACCCAUUAAGACCCACGUUGCACACCAACACAAUAGCCUGCGUUCCCUUUUCUUGAUAUGGUUAUGUCAUUGUCACCAUACUACUAAGGAUUAACAGAAAGAAACUGCAAUGAUACAUAAAAGAUUCAACACACAUUCUCUAUAGAGUAGAUUGAUUCCAUUAAAAUGAUGGCAUUAGAAUUUCACCACAGGUUUAAAAUCAGGACAACACUGCUUGUUCAUCUUAUUAAAACUACUACCUAGUGACUGUACUGGUUUAUCAGUAUGAUUGUUUUUGCAAUGUGCUAGUUAACAAUGAAUGAUUACAAACAAGCCAGGGCUCCUGCCUACAACUUCCAACCCUUCCUCGUUUUUACUUCAAUAGGCAUCAAUGAUAAAUCAAUCUUAUGUACAAUUUCUUACAUCUAACCCGCUCACUUUUGGCAAGAUUACUUACAACUCAUACAACUUUUUAAUAUUGAGAACUAUUUAAAAUAUUCUAGGUGCAUAAAAAUAAAGAUUUUGGCUUUUUUGAUAUAUAUA